CGAAUCUAUUGCCGAACGAAAUGAAGCACCGCAAAAUGUGUCAGUCCAAUAUUCGGAGAUUUGUCGACUAUUGAGUCCGGUCCUCCGUUGUUGGCUUUUUUAAUCCCAACAUGUCCUCGUUUUGAGUUCAACAAUCCUUCACUUUGUCAAGACAGCAACAUGGGCCUCUCGACGCGUUUCCCGGCUUUUUAUAGCCGUGGCCCUGUCGUCUCUGUUGCUCGUCAAUUUGUCAAUUUCCUGGGCUGUCUGGUCAUUCUCCCGGUUUAUUGGUUCAUCACCAAAUUCAGUCGUCAUCCGUUGACUCUGGAUAUUUUAAUCAGCAUCUUUGUCGCUGAAUUUAAUCGCUAUGCGAACGAGGGUCGACGACGAACGCUCUACAAAUCAAAUACCACAGCAGAUAUAGAAAAAAGAGCUCUAUCACCAUGUUUCGACAUCGGACCAGACUGUAUGUCGGUGGUGGUGGGAUAUCGUGAAGACCCGGACCUGUUCAGUCGUGCCUUGCAGAGCUACAAAACAGCCCAAGGAUGUCGAUUUCUGCUUGUCGGAGUCGAUGGCGAUAAUGGGCCUGAUCUGGAGAUGGUCGAUGUGUUUCAACAAGUUUACCCCGAAGACGCCGCAACCAUCCACAUCAGCGAACCAUUCGGCGAAACCGCCAUGCGCACAUUCGAGAAACUCUCCAAAACCUCAGACGCAGCGAAUAAGGAAAUGUGCAAUGAAUUGGCCAUCGCGCACUGCUGCCAACUCGCUCGCGAAAUCCUCGCUGACCAUGAUCUUGGACUUGGGGAACCCGGCGGCGUCACCAGGCUGUGUCUGUACCAGCCACACAGAUACAAAAAGGCCAUCAUGUUUACCUCUUUCAUCUUCUCAAUCGUCAUUUCCGACAUCCUCGGAAUUGAAUAUUUGUGGUCCUCUGAUUCCGACACGAUUGUGUUUCCGGAUACGCUGCAGGGAACCAUUUCGACGAUAGCGGGGGACAAGAAUGCGGGAGGCGCCAGUUCUGGUUUGAUUGUGCACAACGCACAUGAGAGUCUGGUUACGAAGCUGGGGAGCGCUGUUUACUGGUGUGAGCUGUAUAUGACUCGGUCGACGUCUGCUUCGUCUGGCACGAGUGAUUGCCAGAGUGGCCCGAGUACGGCGUUUCGAGUGUCUGCGUUGCCGGGGAUUCUGUACAAUUGGUAUACGCAGACGGUGUGGGGGCAGCGGAUGGUUGUGAAUGAGGAUCGCCACCUGACUACGAACCUCCUCAUGCGGGGAUGGACGGUGACCUAUGUAUCAGACACACUGGCAGCCACAGACACGCCAACCACCCUCAGCCGAUGGCUUCUGCAACAGGUCCGCUGGGGACGAGCCACACACAUCGAAACCUUCCAACAACCCCGCGUCUACCUCCUCAACCAUCCCAUCUUCUUCUGGGCCGCCUUCAAACGCGAAAUGGGCCCAAUCCUCGUCUUCGCCUGCAUCGUAUGGUACCUCUUCACCGGCUACGAAUUCAUCUUCUUCUCCUUCUCCGACAUCGUCUCCCGCAUCACCUACACAAUCCUCUACAACUACCUCCGCAAUCCCGAUCGCGGACCCCGUCUCGCCAUCCUCUGGAUCCUCCCCGCGCUGCUCUUCUACAACAUCCCCCUCCCCGCCAUCCACGUGUGGAGUCUGGCGACAUACUGGGAGAGCGGGUGGGGGACAUCGAUGCGCUCGAAUGCAGAGUUGUCCAAGCACCACCAGUUCUGGAAGAGGAUGUACGAUUUGGGAUUCUUUGUGGUGUGGAUGGGGGUUGUCGGUGGUGCAACGGCGAGGUUGGUGGCCGGGUAUGCGGGAUGGGAGGGGGUGCAGAUGGCACGGGCGAUUGUGUUGGGAGUGAUUGUGCCGAUGGGAGGGUCAUUUUAUGGAUUGAUUGUUUAGAUGUCGAGAUGAUAAAGUAUAUCAUAGAGUAUAUAUAAUGUUAAUAGACUAAUAUCAUGUUAAUGCGAGGCCCAUCUCGGCCAGAAUGUCGUUGAACAUCAUCGUUGUAUCUUCGCCACUUCCUCUCAUCGUCGUAACUUUCUUCAUCAGCUUGGAUAUCGGCUUCCAGAACAUGCCAUUCUGCAUUCUCCCUUCCCAGGC